AGAUCAGCGGGAGGGGAAUGAAAGAGACAAUGCGUUUUACGCAUCGGGACGCAGCUCCAUACCGAGUUGGAUAAGAGACUAAAGAGUACCUACGUACAAGAACCAUCAGAAGAACAUCUCACACUGACCUCCUGCACUACUCUUCAUGUGUAUUAGCACUUCUUUAGAGGUGUUAUGUUCCAUUAGUUGAACCUCGAAUUGAUAACUCUCAGCUCAAUAUGUACCAGGGGCACCUGCAGGGGAAAGACUCUAGGGCUGCAGAUAAGGCCGUUGCCAUGGUCCUGAAGGAGAUACCCAAUAAGGCGUCCCCAGAAGGCAAACCCCUCCUCACGAUGACCAACAAGCUGGUGAGUGAACAACAAGAGAGCCGUCCAUUGCUAAGCCCCUCCAUUGACGACUUCUUGUGCGAAACCAAGUGUGAUGGAGCUGCCCGCCCUGUGACCUCUAACACAGCAGUGCUGUCCUCUUCUCUGGACCUGCUAGACCUGAGUGAGCCUGGUGACAGGAGGAACAGCAAAGACAAGAAAGAGUCCAGAAAGAGUCCAAUGUCAUCCAAGAGCACGCCACAUAAAAAGAAAACAGAUGAAACUGAGCUGAUCCAAGUAGACAUUGAACAGAACAAGCACUGCUCUCAGACACCUGUGAAAGAUUCUCUGGAUUCAGGUAUUCCUUCUCCCCUGGAGAAAUGGGAGGAACUCAAUCUUCAUCCAGAGAGAACCGGUAGCAGGAAAUGGAAGCUGGACAAAAGGCGGUCUUCCAAAAAUUCUGGAGAUUUUGCUUGGUCUACUGACAGCAAAACGCAACCCGAUACAGCCACCAAGAACUCAUUAGAAAUAAAUUACAAAGCUGAUACAGAGACAUCUCCUUCGACUCAACUCAACAGGCAGUAUAUUAGUGGAAGACAUGGACGGCUGAGCAAAGACCAGAGGUGGGGUGGAGGAUUCCUAUCUAGAAACCAGUCCCUCGAGGAGGAGUUUGAGCGCGCCAAAGCAGCUGUGGAAUCAGACACUGAGUUCUGGGACAAGAUGCAAGCUGAGUGGGAAGAACUGGCUCGCAGAAACUGGCUCACAGAGAACGAGCAAGGCCAGAUUCCCUCGACCGUAUCUCCUCAUGAAAAGGGAUAUUACUUCCACACAGACAAUCCAUAUAAAGACUGGCCAAAUGCAUUUGAAGAGGGGCUGAGGAAGGCCAGAGACGGAGAUCUUCCAAAUGCUGUUCUUCUCCUGGAGUCGGCCAUCUUGCAAGACCCUCAAGACUCAGAGGCUUGGCAAGUCCUGGGGACCACACAGGCAGAGAAUGAGAAUGAGCAGGCAGCGAUUGUCUCCCUCCAGAGAUGCCUGGAGCUCCACCCCAACAACCUUCAGGCCCUCAUGGCAUUGGCGGUGAGCCUGACCAACACAGGCAUGAAGCAGGAAGCAUGUGAGGCGUUACUAGGCUGGCUGAGACAUAAUCCCAAAUAUAAACACCACCUGAAGAACAGCAAUAACCUGCAGGGUUCACCAAGUUCACGCCAACUCUCCUUCUCUGCACCAAUGGCAUGCUCUCUGCUACCUGAGUUGAAAGAGCUGUUCCUGGAAGCAGCCCAACAGAAUCCAGACACGAUUGACCCGGACCUGCAGACGGGCCUCGGUGUGCUUUACAACCUUAGCUCUGAGUUCAACAAGGCUGUAGAUGCAUUUAACACAGCACUGUCUGUCCGGCCAGAGGACUACUUGCUGUGGAAUCGUCUCGGGGCAACACUAGCUAACGGAGACCGCAGUGAGGAGGCAGUGGAAGCAUACACCCGAGCUUUGGAGCUCCAGCCUGGUUUCAUUCGAUCUCGCUACAACCUGGGCAUUAGCUGCAUUAACCUGGGUGCACACAGGGAAGCAGCCAGCAACUUCCUGACAGCACUGAGCCUGCAGAGGAAGAGCAGGAGUCGACAGCUCUCACACCAGGUCAUGUCUGGAAACAUCUGGGCAGCAUUGAGGAUAGCACUCUCAAUGAUGGACCAGCCCGAGCUCUUUCAGGCAGCAAACAUUGGGGACCUGGACUUGCUCAUGAGAGCCUUUAACCUGGACAUGUAAACCGGCAUUUUUUGACUGAGUAAAAGCCAAGAACCCAAAGUCCUUCAAAUGAAGGAAGCAGGGUUUUUUUUUCUUCUUCUUCUUCUUUUUCUUUCCGCAGAGCACCUUUACAUUCCUAAGAACUAUGAUUUCAGAGAAGAGCACAAUGCCUGGAAGACUGUAGAAUUAUGCCUUAGAGAAAAUAGUAGUUAGUGAGGUCUUGCCAGGUGGAGGAUGGAUAUGCUGGAAGAACUAUGGAAAAAGUCUGUAACUCAAAGCAGUUACAUUUCUCAUGUAUGUCUUUUGUAUGAUGAAACAGAUGCAGAUCUGAAUUGUCAGAUAGAUCAAAGCAAUAGUUUAAAAUUGUUCAGUGCUAUAACCCACAGGUCCUAUUUCAGCUUUUUCCUAAAUGUAGUGUUACGGGGAAAAAAUCUGUUGUUUGCUGUGACUUUGCUGCAGAACAGACUGUAAAGCCUUAUUUAAAAUGCAUGUCAAACUAUUAGUCAUUUCAGAGACUUUAUGGGUAUGAUGAGUAGAUGCAGAUGAGUUAGUUCGCCUCUUGAUGGGUUAUCAUUUACAAAGAAACAAGGCUUUCAUUUUGCAUCUUUAUAUACUAUAUAUCACUGAAUGCCAUAUGUGACUGUCUUAUGAAAGACCCACAAAAUAUCAGGUGACUGUCCUCCACAGUUCUACUUGACAUAAUGUUAUGCUUUGUGUUAUUGCAUUGUGUCUUAAAGCUCAUUUAAGACUUUUGUUGCAUGUGAUGUGAUGAGAAGUGUGAAAGUGUCAAAAAAAAAAAACAGUUUGGGCAAAAUAAUGAAUGAUGCAUAACUUGAGAUCAUGAUUUAAUUUGUUUUUGUUUGUAAAGAUGGAAGCAGAACUACCGUUUAGGCACCUUACUAAGGAAACACCAUGGAAAAACAUGGUAGCUAGUUAAUUAAAUAUGCACUUAUUUGCUUCUUCUCAGUAUAACUAGCUCAAUUAGUCCAUGUAUACAGGACAACACAAACAGCAUGGAUGAAACAUGAGGAAGUUUGCAUAUCCAUCUUUACAGGGCACAUAUUUUCUGCUUGAAUUUAGCACGAGUGACCAAAUAUAUUUAUUUGAGUUAUCGUUUUUACGUUAAGCUCUUUACGACUUGCUUAUUUAAAUGACUGUAAAUUCUCAGUGACAGGCCUGUGCUUUCUAGCUGAUUACUUCCUACUGUAAAUUAUCUAACCGAUAUGUUGGUAGAGCCCGAGGAAUGUCUCCCCCCUUUUUUAGACCUCUGUACAAUCUCAGGUGAGAUGAUCUAGAUGACCUUAUACUCUAGAACUCCUUAUUUAUGAGGACAGCAUGCUGAAUGCACUUAUUUUUUUGAAUGCAGUUGCUUUAUUUAUAUGCAUGAAAUUGUCAUGCCUCUUUUAUUCUAUCUCUCAUUUCUAUGACGUACAUAAUCCUGAUUUUGCAUUUCAGUAUAUAUUAAAUUUUAUGUACAUUUAACUUAAAGCAGAUUAUAUAAUGAUCGUUUUUGCAAUGCAACUAGUAAUCUAGAUGAAAUCUACUUUAUUGUAUAUCUGUUCAUACUAUUCUCACAAAAGAGAUCAGAUUUACUGAAGCCUGUAGCGCAUGCAAAGCGUAGUAGCCUGAACCAACCAAGUGUGCAAUCAGUGACAUGACAUGAAUCUGUCCUUAUUAUGACGAAACUAUACAUGCUGCAUCUCUUAAUAAUAUGUCACAGGCUUCAAUAAGUCUGGUGCAACACACUUAAACAUAACAUAAUAUAUCAAAUAUUGAACAAACAUAUGAAAAUGAUCUUUUAAAAUAAAAUAAAAUGUAAUAUACA